CAGAAGCCUGCCUUCCAACACCCCCUUUGCCAGGUUUUCUGGGUUCUCCGAGGUGGAAGAAGCUGUUGGAUGCCCAGGAGAGAACGGUGGGGCCGGGAAGCCAACCCCAAGGCUCUCAGCAGGUCCCACUGAAACGUGACACCAUGAAUGUCCACUGCCCGUUGCUCCUCCUGACUCUAGGACAAGUGGCUUUGUUUGACCCAGCAUUGAAAUGGGCUGUUGACCACCCCCCAACCCUCUUCGCCUGGGAGGGAGCCUGCAUCUGGAUUCCUUGCAAGUUCAGAAUGCCAACUUACCAAGCCAGACUGCAAGAGGUCUUCCUGUAUCACAAUUACGACUUUGACAAUGAUACCAAGAAAUUCAAGGGGAGUGUCCUCUAUAAUAACACCAGGAUCGAGUCUUCUCCUUCUGAAUAUGGAAGGGUGACGUUCAUGGGAAACAGAAGAGAUAACUGUACCCUGAAAAUCCACCCGAUACACACCAGUGACAGUGGGAAGCUGGGGUUGAGGAUGGUAUCAGGUGGCGACAAGUGGAUGGAGCCCAUUUACCUCAACAUCUCCGAGACACCCUUCCCACCUUACAUCAAGGUGCCAUCAGAAAUCCGGGCAUCCCAAAGUGUCACUCUGACCUGUGAGCUGAAGUUCGCCUGCUUCGGGUACCCCAUUCACUUGGAGUGGUCCCUGAAAGAGCCGGAGGCCACCUCCUUCUCCACCAUCACCGUUAACAAGAUCUGCACAGAGAGCACACUCACCUUCCAACCGGAGUGGACGGACCACGGAAAGAACGUGACAUGCCGAGUCCUGCACGACACCAAAGUGCUCUCCGAGAGCACAGUGUGUCUGGAUGUUAAACACACCCCGCAGCUCAAGAUGGAGGUCAGUCCCAGAGAAGUGAUGAAGGGAGACUCUGUGACCAUGACGUGCCAGGUUGUCAGCAGCAACCCCAAAUACGGGACAGUGUCCUGGUUCAAGGAUGGGCACCGCCUGCAGGAAAAGACCCUCACCCUGACCCUGCACGAUGCCACCAAGGACAUGACCGGGAAAUACCGCUGCAGGGUUUCCAAUGACUUGGGUCCGGGACAGUCGGAGGAAGUGGCCCUCACGGUGCUGUUCGCCCCGGAACCCUCCAAGGUUCACAUCUACCACCCGCCCGCUGAAGAGGGACAGCCAAUCGAGAUGAUUUGUGAGUCAGCGGCCAGCCCGAGAGCAACAAACUAUACCUGGUACCACAACAGAGAGGUGGUGGCCGGAGAGAUACAAGAGAAGCUCAGGAUCCCCAAAGUCUCCCUGAGGCAUGCUGGCACUUACUCUUGCUUGGCAGAGAACCGCCUGGGUCGUGGACAGAUGGACGAGGAAGCUGAGCUGGACGUCCAGUAUGCCCCCAAGAUGGUGACCACGGUGGUUCAAAGCUCCACACCCAUUCGGGAAGGGGACAGCGUGACCCUGGCCUGCAGGUACAACUCCAGCAAUCCUGAAGUCACCUCCUACCAGUGGGACCCUGCGGGUCCUGGGAAUCAGAUGGCGCCCGGGGUGCUGAGGAUGGAGAAAGUGACGUGGGACUCCAGGCCCAUCCGCUGCGCUGCCUGUAACCACCGGUGUUCGUGGGCCUCCCCGGUCAGCCUGGAUGUCCACUAUGCCCCCAAAGCCGUGAGGGUCCUGCAGGUGAACCCCAGGUCAUCCGAGAUCCGUGCUGGCCAGAGCGUUCUCCUCCAGUGCGGCUUCUCCCGGAGCCACCCUGCAGAGGUCCACUUCUUCUGGAAGAAGAAUGGGAGUUUUGUGCAGGAAGGGAGGGACCUGAGCUUCAGCUCCGUCUCCCCAGAAGAUUCGGGAAGUUAUAGCUGCAUGGUCAGCAACUCCAUUGGAGAAACCCUGUCGGAGACCUGGGACCUCCGAGUGCUGUAUGCUCCUCGGAGGUUGCGCGUGUCUAUUAGCCCUGGGGACAGCGUAAUGGAAGGGAAGAAGGCUACCUUGUCCUGCGAGAGUGAUGCCAACCCUCCCGUCACUCAGUACGCCUGGCUUGACUCUAGUGGCCAAGACCUCCACUUCUCGGGCCCCAGGCUGAGACUAGAACCCCUGAAGGUCCAGCACACCGGCUCGUACCGCUGCCGAGGGAUCAACAUGCUAGGCACGGGCGAGUCGCCGCCCAGCACCCUCACUGUCUUCUACAGCCCAGAGACCAUCGGCAAGCGGGCUGCAUUGGGACUAGGGUUCUGCCUGGCUAUCUGCAUCCUGGCUAUCUGGGGCAUGAAAUUCCAGAAAAAGUGGAAACGUAAUCAGAGCCAGCAGGGGUUUCAGGAAAAUUCCAGUGGCCAGAGCUUUUUCGUAAGGAAUAAAAAGGUUCGAAGGACCCCGCUGUCAGAAGACCCCCAGCCCCAGGGCUGCCACAACCCCAUGAUGGAUGACAGCGUCAGCUAUGCCAUCUUGCGCUUUCCAGAGACUGACGCGCCCAGAGCCGGUGAUGCAGGGUCCUCAGGCACUCCGGGUCCUCCUCCGAACAACGACGACACGGUCACUUACUCAGUGAUACAGAAGCGUCACAUGGGCGACUAUGAGAACGUGACUCCAAGCUGCCCUGAGGACGACAGCAUCCACUAUUCGGAGCUGGUUCAGUUUGGGGCCGGGAAGCGGCCUGAGGCGAAGGAAGACGUGGAAUAUGUGACCCUCAAGCACUGAUGUUGGAAGCAGCUGCAGUGGAAGGUUCUGGAAACCGAGGAAGACCUGUAACUUUGGCCAGUGCGGUUCAGCUGCUGAGUCACUGUGACUUCUAAGGCACACACAUGGGUGUGCACGCCCGUCCAAUCAUUUAAAGACCUGUGUCUGGCCAGAGACAGUCUUCCCUGUACUGAUAGCUGUUACCCCACACGGUACGGCGCCCCCUUCUCCAAGCCCAGCCAUCUGCCACCACCCGCCUCGUGCUGAGCCUCAGUUCAGCUGGAUGUGUUCCUGCUGGGAUCGGCUGGGACCGUCACUGUCAUUUCUUCUUCUCUGUCCCCGUGAUGCUCCGCCCCUCACUCACUGAUCUUAUUACCCUGUGUCUGGCCCUGGAAAGAAAUCCCCGGGAAGGGCAGGACUUAGGAAGCCAGAGCUGCUGUUCCCAGCUGGCUUUUCUCCUUCAAAUACACCUACCAGUAAGUCAGGCCUUCCCUCAGGGGUCUUGGGAACUUAGCAGGUAGGACAGCAUGGGCCUGUGCAUAAUCCACCAAAUGCUUCAUAAUAAAGAUGGCACACAUGCCACCUGGACUCUU